UCCUUGCUGGUAUUGCUACAUCACUGGCUCUAGCAGUCGUCUUCACUCAAAGUGGAAUGGGGAAGCAGUCGGAAGAUGGGGCAGAGAAGAAGAAUGAUCGACAAGGCGGCCCGGCGAUAGUGGAGGUUAAUCCUAAGCCCCGAAGCGGAUUGGCUUCCACAGCCAUCGACUUGGCGGAGAAAUUGGCGGUGAAGCUCGCCCACGAUUCGCCUCAGCCUCUUCACUACCUCGCCGGCCUUUUCGCUCCCGUCCUCGAUGAGACGCCUCCUGCCGCUGAUCUUCCCGUUAAAGGAAACCUCCCUGAUUGCCUCAAUGGCGAAUUUGUAAGGGUUGGCCCUAAUCCCAAGUUCCCCCCUAUAGCUGGCUACCAUUGGUUUGAUGGGGAUGGAAUGAUUCAUGGGUUGCGCAUCAAAGAUGGAAAGGCAACAUAUGUUUGCCGCUACGUGAAGACAUCACAUCUCAAACAGGAAGAGUUUUAUGGAGGUGCCAAAUUUCUCAAGUUAGGUGACCUUAAAGGUUAUUUUGGCCUGUUCGCCUAUGGCUUGCGUAUGCUGAGAGAGAAGUUGAAAGUCUUGGACAUGUCGUAUGGACUUGGGACUGCUAAUACAGCUCUGGUUUAUCACCAUGGCAGGCUCCUGGCCCUUCAAGAGGCUGAUAAACCCUAUGUGGUUCAAGUCAUGGAAGAUGGAGAUCUGCAAACCCUUGGUUUGCUAGAUUAUGACAAGAGACUCGGACACGCUUUCACUGCUCAUCCCAAAGUAGAUCCAUUCACAGGAGAAAUGUUCGCUUUCGGCUAUGCAACUGAGCCACCAUAUAUCACCUACAGAGUCAUUUCAAAAGAUGGUUUCAUGCACGAUCCUGUACCAAUAACCAUACCAGAGCCCAUCAUGAUGCAUGACUUCGCUAUCACUGAGAAUUAUGCAAUUUUUAUGGAUCUUCCUUUGUGUUUCCGACCAAAGAGACUGCUGACAGAAAGGGGCUUCAUUUUACAUUUCGAUGCUAUGAAAAGUUCUCGCUUCGGGAUUCUCCCAAGAUAUGCCAAGGAUGAACUUCUGAUUAGAUGGUUUGAGCUGCCAAACUGCUUUAUAUUCCAUAAUGCCAAUGCUUGGGAGGAAGGAGAUGAUAUUGUGCUCAUCACUUGCCGUAUUGGAAACAUGGAUUUGGACAUGAUGAAUAGCAGUACGAAAGAAAAAGUUGACAGUUUCACAACCGAGCUGCAUGAGAUGAGAUUCAACAUGAAAAGCGGACUUGCUUCACAGAGGAAACUGGCUGCAUCAGCUGUCGAUUUCCCCAGGAUAAAUGAGAGCUACACUGGCAGGAAACAGAGAUAUGUGUAUGGAGCCAUCAACAGCUUUGCCAAGAUCACAGGGAUCAUCAAGUUCGAUCUUUACGCGAAACCGGAGCAGGGAAAGACUAAUCUUGAAGUUGGAGGAAAUGUUCAAGGCAUAUUCGAGCUGGGACCUGGACGAUAUGGUUCAGAAGCAGUAUUUGUUCCUAGGGUGCCUGGGGUCACUUCUGAGGAAGAUGAUGGCUACCUGAUAUGCUUUAUGCACGAUGAAUUGACCGGAAAGUCGUCAACAAUUGUUGUAAAUGCCAAGACCAUGUCUGCUGAUCCUGUCGCAGUUAUUGAAUUGCCCAACAGGGUUCCGAAUGGAUUCCAUGCGUUGUUUGUGUCCGAAGACCAACUUCAACAACAGGCUCACCUGUGACGACCGCUUGCCGCCUUCAUCAACAAUUGAUGAGGACGUCGAGGACGUCCAUAAUGGGAACGGCAGCCAUGCAACGUAACAAGUUUGUUUUGUCUUUUUUUAUUAUUGACGACCAUUACGUAAUUUUUCGAUUUUCGUCGGUACCUUUUCUUUGUUUACGUUGGACUAGGAUUCUUGUUAGCCUUCUCUAUAAAGGCGGUCUGUCUUUGUGUUUGGAGGUAGUUUUUCGGAUUUGGAAUAAAAUAAGAAAAGAGGAGUUUGUUCCUCGCAAA